AUGCAGAGCAGUGACGGACCGUACGCCGAGGAGGCCAGCAGCGACGACGAGGAGUGGGAAACAAAAUCGGUACACCGAUUUAAGGUGGCCACGCAGUUGCUUCACCACGACAAAAAGGGCGAAUCAGGGACGGCAUCACGGCAACAAAGAAGGUGCGGCAGGAGAGCAGGGGCUAACGAGGGAUCCGAGAAGCUGCAGGUGCUGUCGCGGGAAGACAUGUUGCACUACGUGGAUGUGAGAGACGCGUGGGACCGACAGGAGUGCGAGUGCUGCUUCGACCGCGCCGUCAGCUACCGCGCACAGCUCGCACUUCGCAUGGUGGGCCUGGCGGGAUUCCGUUCCCUCCUUCUGGCGCAUUCGCCUGACUCCAUCCCGCUUGUCCCUUUGAACCAUCCAUCCAGCUCCAUUGCUGAGUAUUCUGCAGGGGUACACACGAAGCCUCUAGAGUGUUCGCCGCCUCAGCCGGUGUUGGGCGUCAAGUGCGUGGUGGCGCCCAUGCGCUGUGCCGAGGCCAUGAUUCUCGAGUGGAUGGCUGAGCCUCGUCUUUGCUGCGUUCCUCGUGCUAGUAGCGAGGUGCCCGCGUGUUGUGAACCUGAGAAGGGUGUCGCUGUCUGCAAGCUCCGCCGCUUAUACUGCUGUCGUGCAACUGGGAACGGCAGGCAGUUCGAAACCGACUGCUUAGCGUCCAUGCUGGUGCAGGUGCUCGGGGUGAAGGAGAGUGCUGAGCUGCAGGAAGGGGUUGGGUUCUACGUGCAGCAUGUGCUGUCAGGCGGGCUGGAGAAGGUGCACGCGGAGGGGAGGGGAGGACCUGGGGGGGAAUCUGCUGAGGAUGCGCAGGGGGAGGAGGGACAGGCCGAUAGCGAGCCAGAGAGCUGUAUGGAGGCAGUUCUAUACAUGCUGGACGGGAACGAUGCCAACAAGGUGAUAGUGGAAGAGGCAGCAAUCGAGGAGGCUAGAAGCAGGCUGAGAAGAGGGGUAGACACAAGUGGGGCAGCAGACACGAGUGGGGCAGUAGACACGAGUGGGGCAGCAGACACGAGUGGGGCAGCAGACACGAGUGGGGCAGCAGACACGAGUGGGGCAGCAGACACGAGUGGGGCAGCAGACACGAGUGGGGCAGAAGAUACGAGUGGGGCAGCAGACACGAGUGGGAUAGCAGACACGAGUGGGGCAGCAGACACGAGUGGGGCAGCAGACGCAAAUGGGGCAGCAGACACGAGUGGGGCAGCAGCAGACACGAGUGGGGCAGCAGCAGACAUGUGUAGGCCAGCGUAA